AUGUCUGCCGCAAUCGCCGGCGUGGCCUACGAGCUGCUGAAGCGCGCAGAAGAAGACGAUGAUCCAGAGGGUAGGAAAGCACCUGAGGGACGGGGAACAGGUCCAGAUACCUCCCAGAGGGAGAUCUUCUCCUCGUGGGCGCUCUUCAUUAUGAUUAUGCUGCUUAUAACAGCACUUUUUACAAGUUACAUUCUUCAACAGAAGAAGGUUGAAGCGGUACACGAAACAGUAAUAUCGAUUUUUGCUGGUAUGACAGUAGGUCUGGUCCUCAGAGUGAGCUCUGGUACUUCCAUACAGAACCUCGUCAGUUUCGAUUACCAGAUAUUCUUUAAUCUCCUCCUGCCUCCAAUCAUUCUUGCCUCCGGCUACGAACUACACCAAGCGAACUUCUUUCGGAAUAUCGGGACAAUCCUAACAUUCGCGUUCGCUGGGACGUUUAUAUCUGCAAUUGUACUAGGUUUGAUCCUAUGGGUCUAUACCCGCAUACCCCUCGAUGGGUUCGAGAUGACUUUUGUCGAUGCUAUUUCCGUUGGAGCAACUCUAUCGGCUACAGAUCCGGUCACCAUUCUCGCCAUCUUCAAUACAUACAAAGUCGAUCCGAAACUAUAUACCGUCAUUUUUGGCGAGUCUAUCCUCAAUGAUGCCGUCGCUAUUGUAUUGUUCGAGACAGCGCAGAGAUAUAAAGAAGGUGGCGCGGCUGGAACACUCACAUUUAUCAGUCUAAUCGAAGCUAUCGGCAUUUUCUUCGCCGUUUUCUUUGGAAGUUUGAUUAUUGGGGUGUGCGUUGGAAUUGGGACAGCUCUUACUCUAAAAUACACCUAUGUCAGAAGGUUUCCGAAAAUGGAGAGUUGUAUGAUCAUUUUGAUUGCAUAUGCCAGCUAUUUCUUUUCAAACGGCUUGCACAUGUCUGGAAUUGUCACUCUUCUUUUCUGCGGGAUCACUCUCAAACACUACGCUUACUACAAUAUGUCCCGGCGAACUCAGCUUACUACCAAGUACCUAUUCCAGGUCUUGGCACAAUUGUCGGAGAAUUUUAUCUUCAUCUACCUUGGACUCUCCUUAUUCACGGAGAGCAAAUUUCAGUUCAAGCCACUAUUUAUCAUUGUGACAGUUAUUGGGAUUUGCGUUGCGCGAUGGGCAGCGGUGUUUCCCCUCUCGAAGUUAAUCAACUGGUUCAUUAGGUACCGUGCAAAAAGACGCGGCAAGGACGUUGCAGAUGAACUACCAUUCAGUUAUCAAGCUAUGUUGUUCUGGGCUGGAUUACGUGGAGCAGUCGGUGUGGCUUUGGCAGCCGGAAUGACCGGUGAAAAUGCCUGGGCAUUGAAAGCGACUGUUUUAGUCGUAGUGGUGCUUACAGUCAUCAUAUUUGGUGGUACUACAGCCCGUAUGCUAGAGAUUAUGGGCAUUCGAACAGGUGUGAUCGAAGAAAUUGAUUCGGAUGAUGAAUUCGACAUUGAAGCAGUUCCAGGAGGUUCCUACUACAAACAUUCUGGAACCGGAAUUGGUAACAUUCCAAAACGAAACGGCUCAACAAUUGCCCUGAACGGCCUUAAUGCACAAAACCCCGAGAGAGGAAGCUACGCCAGCGGGAACUCAAGCCCCGCCAACAGACCAGCGAGUCUAAGCAGGAAAGGAUCUAAGAGUUCCAAGAAUGGGCGGAGAGGAGACAGUGAAAGCGAGCAGGAUCUCCUCAGAGCAGACAUCGACAAUGAGUCUGAUAUUGAUAGCGACACAUCAGACCUUCCUCCCGCUGUAAAGCGCUCCCCAAGCGCGCGCCCUACACUCGAGUCAGACGAUGGUACACCUUACCCAACAUCCGGGAGCACGAGCCACGAUGUAUCCCACAUAACCGCCUCGGGUGCAUUCAGCCAGCUCCUUCACGGCACGGCCGAAGAUCACGCAGCGUGGUUCAAACAAUUGGAUGAGGGUUUCAUCAAGCCGAAGCUGCUGCUUGAUGGCGGCAAAGGGCCGCACGGUGGGCCGAGUGGGAGUUGA